CGUUGCGUAGAUGGAGAAAGCGAGCGAGUCGGUUCAGACAGCGGAACCACGACACCAGACGCGUUCGACACCUAUUACAUCGGGAUGCGGAAUAUGAUUGGCGAGGCCAUUGCCAAGGCCCCACCCACUUUCAUCCGCAAGUUACAGACGGCCGACGUGUCCGUUGAUUGCUCGCUGGGAUUGCUCAAGCUGGUGCGCGGUUUUCAGAAUCUCGAACCCUGGGCUCUGAAACUGUUCGACGCAUCCGGGAAGUACCCCACGGGCCUGUUCCAAGGAUCUCGCGUCGACAUGGGCGCUUUUGAUGAGUGCUUAGAGACCAUGGUCCUCGACGGUUCUGGCCACGUGACUUCGCAAGGCCAGUACUGUAAUCUGCAGUUUUACGUAAAGAAUUCCACCGCAUGGCAGAAGAAGAUGGAGCCAAUCUUGCAGGUCAUGGAUCCAAGUUUCAUAUGA